AUGAGCCAGGCCAGAUCCAGCGGACUAGACCGCAGCCCCGAAGCGAGCCACCAGGUAGACCAGCAGGUCCAUCAACUCGGUCGACCCUGGGAAGGCAAGCACCGCGGACAGGAAAAAGAUACGCCUCAGUCUGCCGGGCAAGAGGCUACUGGCCAAGAGACUGGUGGGACCCUCGACCGGUGGGCGGCCCAGGACAUGAAGGACGAGCCGUAUCAUGAUAUCGGAGCCGUCGCGAAGAAGGGGUAG